CUGAGCGCUGCGCUUGUGUGUUCAAAAGUGUGCAUUGCGUGUUGGAUUAACAAAAAGCGCGCUUUAGAGCAGUCGCGUUAUACACACACUCUCUUUUCCUGCAGGGCACAAAUUUCACCUUUUGAACCGAGAGCCGCAAAAAAGGAUCACGAUUUCACGCAAGGGCUUCAGGAGAAAUUCAACUGAUAGGGUUAUGUGGUUACAUACUUCUAACAACCAUCACUGUUUAAGGCAAAAGGAAACAUAUUCAGGAACGUCUGAAAGACAAACAUAGCAUCCUCGGCGCAAAGCCAACCAAAAAAAAAGAGCGAACAGGAACGAUGUCCACUUCUGUAGCCUCUCCAUCUUUAUCGAUCAUUGAUGUAGGAUCUGACAAGAUGACUGAAUUAGAACGGAUGCGACAAGAAUAUACCGAUUUACAAGCAGCAUACAAAACAUUGGCAGAUCGACUUCAUAACGAAAAUGGACAAGAGGAAAAUGCUGAAAGAGAAAAAGAACUUCAAUCUUUACGCGAUCGGGUCAAAGAAUUAGAAGCAAAUGUUGCAUCAAUCACUGCUGAAAAUGAUGAACUGAACUCAACAGUCCGUGAUCUUCGUGUCAGGGUGGAAGAGGGUAGACGGGCGAUCAUGCGAUUACAAGGUCAAUCAGGAUCAUCUACAGGUCAAGAAGGUCUAAUGCCAAGCUCCACUGCAUCCAGCGCAUCCAACCUUGCCAGUCUUGCAGCACAAAAGCAAGAGAACCGAAAGAGCACCGGAUUGGGCGUUUUGUCGUCUUGGAAUCCAAGAGAAAUCGCAAAUGGUCAAUCGCCAAAGCCUGACAUCCUCAGUGAAGGUGGACCUACCUCACCUCCUCCUGCCGCUCAAACAGCGGAAGAGUUGGCAGAAUUAAAGAAAUCCAAAAGGGCAAGCUUGGCUUUUGGUCCUCACGCACACGGGAACAACACCAUGCGUAGAAUGCACGGUCAUAGACGAAUCGCAAGUGGUAGCAGAAUCGGUGAAGAAGAGGAUGCUCAAUCUAUGCCACCACCUAGCCAUCCUCCAUCGGCCGCAGGUGGAUUGCGGGAGCUGCAUUUAGGCGGUGUUUCAGGAUCAGGAACGACGAAUGCAAACCCUGAUCGUUCAAGUAAACGGAUCAGCAUUUUGGGCGGUGCAUUCCUUCGUUCUCCUAAUCCUGAAGCCGUUGACCAUUCCACAGAAGGCAGUCCAGAACGAUUGGGAGCGGGCGUAUCUUUGUUGAUGCCAUCAAAAAGUAGCAGGAGGACAAGCAAUUCAAGCGCAAUUUCGAAUAGCAACAGUGGGAUUGCACAGCUACGAGAAGAUGCAGAGAACACAUUGGCACCUCCAAGAAGCUUGAGCAGGAUGAGUCAAUCUCCCAGUCAAGCAAGCGUUUCUUCGCCAAUUCUUGAGACUGUCGAUUUGCCCAACGAGUUCGACAGCGAACCAAGCACAGCAAGGGCAAAUACCACGGCUGGUUUCGCACAACAACAAUCUUCCGCAUCAAGUUCCAAUUAUCAAUUGCAAAGAUCAUUGAUGGAGAGUAAAGCCAAAUUGCGAGAUCGUGAUGAUCAGGUAACCUUAUUGAAAAGGGAACUGGCGGCAAUCAAGAAUCAAUUGGAUGAAGCAAAAGAUGCACGCGAGGCUAGCGAAGCUUGCCUAGCAGCACUGAGAGAAUUUGUCAAAGCUGAGCGUAGCGCGGAUAGCGAAAAUGGCGGAGAACAGACGGCAAAAGCUCUAAAAGGUAUGAAGUUGCCACCUUUACCGACAGAUAAGGAUACGGAUGACAUGGAAGGUUCUCACGAUCACGUUUCCAGUCGGUCUGGUCAAAGCACAGCUCCCAGUGCUUGGCGUUCGAUUGGAAACACAUUUGCUGGGCUGACGAGAAAGCAAAAUGAAUCCUACGAAACCAAUAGCUCAAAUCCAUCUUAUUCUCCCGUUUCAGACAAGAUGCUAGGCGUGAAGGAUCUAGAUGGUGCCAGUGAAGCCACAAGUCCAACAUCGCAAAUUUCCAGCUCGAUCAGCAACUUCUGGUCAAAAGCAACCACAAAAGCUGAAAGUGGUGCUCAAGGAGCAAAUACUACAGGAGAUGGAACAACAGGAAGCAGUACAACACCUUCGGAAGGCACGAGUGGCGGUGAAAAUCGAACAGAUUCUCGUCAUACAUCAAUCCACAGCAAUGCAACAGCUGGUGAACAGCCAAAUGCUUCUGCCACAUCACCUCCUAACCCAGGCUUCAAAGGAUUCGGAUGGUUUGCAAAGCGUACGGUGAGCAAUGCAAGUGAAAGUGCCGCUCCUGCCAAUACGACUGAAGUUCGAGUUAGUUCACCACCUUUUGCCAAUUUAGACAAUCACGUUUUGACAUUAGAUCAAGUUAAUACGCCUGUAGCAGCCGGUCGAGCGGCCUCCUAUGCCAGUUUAACCGGAACAAACACAUCUGGAACACCUGGUUCACGUAAAACAAGCGCAACAAGCAAUAUGUCUUUUGGAAGUAAUUCAAACGUUGCUGCUAAUGCUGCAUUGCAAAAUGGCGUUGGAAUUGGAAUCACGGGUGAUAGUGUUGGACCGAACGGGAGAGUGAAAAAAGCAAUGGAAAUGUCUGAAGCUGUUGAUGAGGAUAACGGAUUCGUACCGCCUUCUUUCACUUCUUGAACCGGGAGCAGUCGAUGAGGAUGCCGAAUUCGUGCCUCUUUUUCUUUCAUUUCUUGAGAACAGAAGCAGUCGAUGAGGAUGCCGAAUUCGUAGCUCUUUCUUUCAUCUCUUGAGAACAGAAGCAGUCGAUGAGGACGCCGGAUAUGUGAAGCCUUCUUUCACUUCUUGAAAAGAGCAAGCAUGAAUUUGCAGCUAUUCUAUGUAUAUCAUAUCAUUUUCUUUUUAGAGUAACCUAUGUCAUUGUAUCAAGAAGUUUUGCAUAAGCACGAAUGUGACAAAAGGG